AUGCAGUCUGACGAAGUUAUUUGGCAGGUGAUUAACCAACAGUUUUGUUCUUACAAAGUCAAAACAGCUACUGGCAAUUUCUGUCGAAACCAAUACAAUGUUACUGGCCUCUGUAAUCGUCAGUCUUGCCCUCUUGCAAACAGCAGAUAUGCUACGAUCAGAGAAGAGAAGGGUAUUAUCUAUUUGUAUAUGAAGACACCCGAACGUGCUCACUCUCCUGCUAAAAUGUGGGAAAGAAAGAAGCUCUCCAAAAACUAUGCGCAAGCUUUAGCACAGAUUGACAAAGAAUUACAAUACUGGCCCAACUUUUUGUCGCACAAGUGUAAACAACGUCUUACCAAGAUCACUCAAUAUCUCAUCCGUAUGCGUAAAUUGAAGCUUAAAGAAAAUGAUAGACCACAAUUAAUUGGUAUCAAGAAGAAAUUGGAGAGACGUGAGGCAAAUCGUGAGCGUAAGGCAGAGGCAGCUGCACGAAUAGAGAAAUCGAUCGAAAAGGAGUUAAUCGACAGAUUAAAGAGCAAGGCUUACGGAGAUGCACCAUUGAAUGUAAAUGAAGAAAUUUGGCAAAAGAUUUUGGAUGAAGAACUUGAGGAUGCUGAGGAAGACGAAUCUGAUGAAGACGAUGAAAAUGCACCCGAAGAGGAGGACGAGGACGAAGAUGAGGAUAUUGAAUUUGUGUCUGAUCUCGAAGAUGAAUCUGAUAUUGAAGAUAUUGAGGAUCAAUUUGAAUGGGAAGAAGAAAAGGAGGACGAGAAUGUUGCAUUGACAAACUAG